AUGGCACGUGGUGUACAUGUUGGUGUCUCGGUGCGCGGGUCGCAGGAUUUCACGCUGUAUGUCAAGGACUACCAUAACUCACUAGAUGUCAAGGACUCCCGUAACUCGCAAGAUGUCAAGGACUACCAUAACUCACUAGAUGUCAAGGACUACCAUAACUCACUAGAUGUCAAGGACUACCAUAACUCACUAGAUGUCAAGGACUACCAUAACUCACAAUAUGUCAAGGACUAUCGUAACUCACUAGAUGUCAAGGACUCCCGUAACUCACUAGAUGUCAAGGACUACCGUAACUCACUAGAUGUCAAGGACUACCGUAACUCAAAAUAUGUCAAGGACUACCAUAACUCACUAAACGUCAAGGACUAUCGUAACUCACUAGAUGUCAAGGACUAUCGUAACACACUAGAUGUCAAGGACUACCAUAACUCACAAGAUGUCAAGGACUACCAUAACUCACUAGAUGUCAAGGACUACCAUAACUCACUAGAUGUCAAGGACUAUCGUAACUCACAAGAUGUCAAGGACUCCCGUAACUCACUAGAUGUCAAGGACUCCCAUAACUCACUAGAUGUCAAGGACUCCCAUAACUCACUAGAUGUCAAGGACUAUCGUAACUCACUAGAUGUCAAGGACUAUCGUAACUCACUAGAUGUCAAGGACUCCCGUAACUCACUAGAUGUCAAGGACUACCGUAACUCACUAGAUGUCAAGGACUAUCGUAACUCACUAGAUGUCAAGGACUAUCGUAACUCACUAGAUGUCAAGGACUACCGUAACUCACUAGAUGUCAAGGACUCCCAUAACUCACUAGAUGUCAAGGACUAUCGUAACUCACUAGAUGUUAAGGACUACCGAAACUCACUAGAUGUCAAGGACUACCGUAACUCACUAGAUGUCAAGGACUAUCGUAACUCACUAGAUGUCAAGGACUAUCGUAACUCACUUGAUGUCAAGGACUAUCGUAACUCACUAGAUGUCAAGGACUACCGUAACUCACUAGAUGUCAAGGACUACCGUAACUCACUAGAUGUCAAGGACUACCGUAACUCACUAGAUGUCAAGGACUACCGUAACUCACUAGAUGUCAAGGACUCCCGUAACUCACUAGAUGUCAAGGACUCCCGUAACUCACUAGAUGUCAAGGACUACCAUAACUCACUAGAUGUCAAGGACUCCCAUAACUCACAAGAUGUCAAGGACUAUCGUAACUCACUAGAAGUCAAGGACUCCCACAACUCACAAGAUGUCAAGGACUCCCGUAACUCACAAGAUGUCAAGGACUAUCGUAACUCACUAGAUGUCAAGGACUACCAUAACUCACAAUAUGUCAAGGAGUAA